AUGGGUCAGCCCACCGAAGACAACAUCUACGGCUAUGACGCCUCCCAAGCCGCCGCCAUCGUCUUCUCCGUCCUCAACAGCAUCCUGCUCUUCUACCACAGCUACCUCUGCUUCUACCGUCCCUGCCGCUCCCGCUACAAGCACCGCUACACCAUCCCCCUCUUCGUGGCCUGCGUCCUCGCCACGGCGGGCUACUCGAUCCGCGUCGUUUCCGUCGACCAGCCCGACGAUGUAAGCCUCUACGCCACCUCGUCCUCCUACGUCGUCAUCUCCCCCAUCUUCGUCUGCGCCACCCUCUACUGGCAGCUCAAAUACCUGAUCCUUCUCCUCCUGCCCAAAGGCCCCCACCAGCGCCUCUUCGGCAUCAACCCCCUGUGGGUGGGCCGCAUCUUCAUCACCUCCGACAUCCUCUCCUUCCUGACGCAGGGUUCCGGCAGCGGCAUCGCCAGCUCCGGCAAUUGGGAGGGCAACCAGAAGGACAUUGGCGAGGGCGUCCUCAUCGGCGGCUUGACGCUGCAGCUCCUCACCUUCACCGUCUACCUGAUCUUCAUGUUCAAGCUCGUGCACCGUGUGCACGCCCUGCCAGAGACCAGCUUCCCCGCCGACGUCAGGAAGGUGCUGACGGGCGUGUGGAUCGCUGCGACUUUCGUCCAGAUCCGCACCGUCUUCCGCCUCGUCGAGUUCGCCUGGGGUAUCGAAGGCUACCUCUUCAGCAACGAGUGGUGCCUGUACGUCUUUGAGAGCGUGCCCAUGUUCGUCGCCCUGCUGGCGCUCGCCUGGUUCCACCCCGUCAAGCAUCUGCAGGCGAAGCGGUAUUUUGAGGAGGAGGAGGGGAUUGGUGGGGGUGCGCAGGAGAAGGGUCGCCGUGGUGGUUCUCCGGGUGAGGAGGUUGUGUAA